ACUUGUAGUGCUUCUGGGUGUGAGCGCAAUUGGAGUGCAUUUGAGAGGAUUCAUACUAAGAAAAAGAACAGCCUUCAAACACAAAAGAUGAAUGAUCUUGUGUAUGUCAUGUGCAACAACAAGUUGGUGGGAAGUAAUGUCAAGAAAGCAAGAAGGCUUGAAAUUGAUUUUGAGGAUAUAGACUCCGAGAAUGAAUGGAUUUGUGGUAGUGACACUGAAGAAGAAACAUCACUAGCUGAAGCUUUAGGAGUUGAUGGUGGUGAGGAAGGUCAUCAUGCUGUUGAAACUGGUCCUACUAUUUCUAUUGGUGAGGAUGGAGGUGAUGAUGCUAUUCAUGUUGAUGGUGAUGGUGGCGAUGCUAUUCGUGUUGAUGGCGACCGUGGAUUUGAUAAUCCACUUGAUGAUGGCGAUGACGAUGAUGACAAUGAUGAAUUGGAUGCCAAUGUUGAAGGCGAUGAUUUAAUGUAGUUUUCUUUCUAUCAUUUCGAACUUUUGUGUGCUUUCAUUUCAAUGUCAAGAAUUUGGAUUAUUAAACUUGUGUCAUUAUGUAAACUUAGA